AUGGACAAGAAAAAUGCAAUUCGUAGAGGCAAACGUCCCUCUAAAGUGCUCGAAGAAAAUUAUUGGGAUUGUAGUGUAUGCACAUACAGGAAUAAUGCUGAAGCCUUCAAAUGUUCAAUGUGUGAUGUUAGAAAAGGGACGUCCACUCGAAAGCCCCGUAUUAACCCGGCGCUCGUUGCUGCUCAAGCAGCGGGCACUGCGCCGACUAGCUCCCAAAAAAGACCCAGGUCUGCCAAUUCACUCAAGAAGAAAAGGCGGCAACCCAGACUCAACAACGUCGAUAGGAGUUCUGCGCAGACGCGGGAGGUAACCGUAAGCGGGGUGACAGUGGUUAUAACAGAGUAUAAACCUAAGAAGUCAGUUUCCAGCAGUUCGAGCGACGUCGAAUCAUCCAACGAUGCACGGCCGUGA